GGACAAAAGAGCUUUCAUGUCCCAACUGCGACAUAACUGAGCACGGAGCGCGCAACUAAGUUUCAGCCUAAAACACAGGCACGCGCGAUCCCAAAUAAAAGGGGGGAACUCGCAGCACCUGCAAAAGUCCUGGCGCGGUCGCCGCAGCCUCCAGUCCGCCUGUGACUGUUGUAGCGCGCGGCCGUCGCUAGACCGCAGCCGGGCCGCAACCAUGGCGCGUUACUCUGACUCCACCACUGUCGUAGUCGCCGAGUCGACAGCUAAUGAAGACGCUGAUUCUGAGUCAAAAACGUGCGGUAAGAUCUUGGUGGCACUGUCUUGGGUCUUGGUCGUCAUCACAAUGCCAUUUUCGCUCUUCGUUUGUUUCAAGGUCGUCCAGGAGUACGAGAGAGCGGUCAUCUUUCGUCUAGGGCGCCUUCUCUCUGGUGGAGCCAAAGGACCGGGCAUUUUCUUCAUUCUUCCCUGCAUUGAUACGUACGCUCGAGUGGAUCUCCGCACCCGCACCUACGACGUACCGCCUCAAGAAGUACUGACCAAAGACUCAGUGACUGUGUCAGUUGAUGCCGUGGUGUACUACCGCGUCCACAAUGCUACCAUUUCUAUCGCCAACGUGGAAAAUGCUCACCACUCCACGCGACUCCUGGCUCAAACCACCCUUCGGAACACCAUGGGCACCAGGCCGCUCCACGAGAUCCUCAGCGAACGGGAAACCAUCUCAGGAAAUAUGCAACUCUCACUAGACGAAGCUACCGAAGCCUGGGGCAUCAAGGUUGAACGCGUGGAGAUCAAGGACGUACGCCUGCCGGUGCAACUCCAACGCGCGAUGGCUGCUGAGGCCGAGGCAGCUCGUGAGGCUCGGGCCAAGGUCAUCGCUGCUGAAGGGGAGCAGAAAGCGUCCAGGGCCUUGCGCGAAGCCUCUGAGGUAAUCGGAGAUAGCCCGGCCGCACUCCAGCUACGCUAUCUGCAGACACUCAACACCAUCUCCGCUGAGAAGAAUUCCACCAUAGUUUUCCCGCUCCCGAUCGACUUGUUGACAUAUUUCAUGAAAGCUAAAGUAGAAUCUUAAGCAUCUCUGAUGAUAACCAACGACCGCAAAACAAGAAGGCCUCCAAAAUGUUUAUCGCUAUUUAUUGAUGUUCUAGAAACUUUUAGAAUAAUCAAAUUAGUUAUAAAGAAUGUAAUCAAUUAUUCAUAUACAUAACUAUCUGUUGUUAAGUCUGGUCGAUGUAUAACCGCGAUAAUAUUUCAUCAAAUCGACAUAUAAAAUUGAUACGAGUUAAAUUUUCAUAUCAAAUUAUUAUCACAGUAGAGAAAAGGUAAUCAAAUAUUUGUAUGUGAUCUCAAGCCCGGUAAGCAUUGAGAACAGCAAAACUAUAUGUUAAUCAUUAACAAGUAAAAAACUUGAUAGUGGACUUAAAAUUUAAUCUUUCGUUGCUGUAUGAAUCUUAUAAGAUUAGCUAUUACAAAAAAUGUUCAUGCGUUCCUUCAAAUUGUUGAGAGUGAUACAUCGGGACGUGAUGACGGAUGAAAAUAAAACCCACCCUUAAGGACAAACACGAUAGUGUGAUAAGAUUGUAAUUAAUACCAAAGCAUGGCUGUGUGUUGCGACAUGGUACUAGAACAUAAAGUAUUUUUAUAUACAGUCCAAGUUAAAUUUGAAAAUACUUAAAACUAAAGUAAUAUUAAUAAACAAAAUUAGAGAAAAUUGACUGAAGCAACUUUUGGCGUUAAAGUCCAUUUAAGUGGUAAUAAAAAAAGUGCUAAUGAUAAACAAACUAGGCCUGAAAAUAAAGUUUCUGAAUGAAUUAUUAGAAUAAAGGAAGACCAGAUUUUUAACUACAAACCAGGAAAAUAUUAUUUAAAGCUUAAUAUAAAAUGCACAAAUAAGUUAAUGUAUUAAGAUAAUUAUCUAGCUAGAUGGUUUGCAGUGUAUCAUUUUUAUCAGUUCGAGUCGUAGAGUAACGGGUAGUGUUCUUUGUUCGGCAACAGUACUGGAGCUGUAAAUGAGUUGAUUGACAUUAUUUACAAGUUUAAAGUUCAUCGACCAAGCUUGCUCGCAUCCGAUCAAUACAAUAUGCUAUGUCGACAACGAUAUGAAAUACCCUAGAUACAACAUCACGAACAAAACUGUGGCCGAAACCUAUCCAAAAGGUACAUUGGACUAUCCACGGAGCUCUGUAAGAUGAUCGCGUGGUCAAAAACAAUAUAAGGCAUUAUUUAUACAUUGAAAGUCACCUUUAAUUCAUACUGUAUAAGGUCUUAAUUGAAAUGCAUGCAUCAGAGAGUAACGACAUUUCAAAAUGGAAGCUCUUAAAAUUUUACGACUUAUUGCUAUAUGCGGAAGAAUAUAAGACCUUAUUUCUUUGAUUCUACGUGCAAAUUCUCAAUGCGCUGUUGUCAAUAUAACAGGUACAGACCGCGAGGAAAUGAGACAGCUAUAUUCCGACCAUGCAUUUGAAUAUCACAAAUAUUUUCUACUAAAACAGUUUAUAGUAAGUAUUAGAACAAUAUUUGCUUCAAAUGCGUUAAAUUAACAAACAUUUAUUAGAUGCCUAUCGAAAAAAGGACACUACGUACUAUUAGUAUUUAUUUCAAAUUUUUUUACGGAGCUUUUUGGCAUCUUGAUUUUUUCAACGAUCCGCGCGUGACUGUGAACCAACAAGUUCUUGAGGCGUGUCCAAGCACUUCUUGAUUGGGACACAUUUUGAGCGCACGUGGUGUAUCUAGGAUAUUUAAUAUCAUAGUAUGUCGAGCGUAGUGAGACCAAUCAUUUAUCUAUGGGGAUGCGUAAUUUUUAACUUUGUUUCGAUAAAUAUUUUGUUCACAAAUAUAAAAUUACUCCUUUUUAUUGCAAAUAGUAGGUACUUAAAUUAUUUAAUCGAAAAAAGUCGUUAGGUAAGCGUAGAAUAUAAAUAAUAAUAAAUAUAAAAUUAACGAAUAUAUUUUGCCCUAGAAAUAAUGUGAAUAAAAGAUUUUUGACUGACGUAAUAUUAACUUUGUAAUCUCGGGUAAUUAAUUCGUCAAUCAAUGAACUUUUAUUAUGUUAUCUUUAAAAUUUAAAUAGUACGAGUAAAAUAUCAUGUAAGUAGCAUAAUUUCCUUGUUUCGAAUUGAGUUAAGGUAACAUAGUGUAAUUUCGUUGUUUAUUUUAAAACUUUUCAUGAUUAUAAUUUUUAUUAUUUUUAAAG